UAGGAUUGUGCUCAGGGGGAAAUUUACUCUGCUUUUACAACAGUACUUUCAUGCUUGUAGAUCUCCCUGUCAGUGCUGAUAAUGUAAAGACUUGAUAACACUAAAAAAAAGCAGUUUACUUUAGCAGAAAUUUUGAAAAUCAAACUAACUUUGGUAUCACAUUUUCAGACCAUUCACAAUCAGAAGUGGAAGUGUCUGACCCCAUUAGCUUCACCCAACAUUAAACCAACUAAAAGUCUGUAUUUCAAAUUAAAAACUGAACUUGUGUCUGUACAAUCUUGGUGAUCCAAUUAAUCUCAAAUAAUUACAAUCAAACACAGAUUUGAUAGUAAAAGAAAUACAAUUUGUGACCGACAGGUGUUAGCAGUUUGCUAAUGAGUUAUCCUGCUAGCCAAUACAGUAGACAAACAUGAGCAGCUACAGCACCAAGUAGGCUAUCUAGCUUGUUAAUAUUUACUUGUUCUUGUGUUAGCACAUUUCCAGCCAGUUAGCAAGUAAGUUUACAUGAUGCAAGCCAAAAAAGCUCACAAACAGUGCUCAUAAAGUGCAGAGUUGCAAAUUUAUAAAACCGUAAAUUUGUCUAUUUCAGAGUUAAUGUCUUUAUGUUGAGUUGACUGUCACACAACCUUUUGUUAGUAUGUUCCAAGCUAGCUCGCAAGCAAGUAAUGUGAUGGUGCACUUUAUAAAAAAAUAAAAAUUAAAAAAAAAACAUGUAGACUGAGUAGUUACACUAGUAAUGCUGCGUUCCAGUUACCUCGGAGGUCGGCUGUCAGCGCUGGGAAUGACGUUACAGCUGAGUUGACGGCGAUCCAGUGAACGAGUUGAAAAACCAAGAUGGACGCCUACGGUUACCUGUUGUUAACAAUUGUCAGCUAUUGUUAGCAGUUGUCAGCGGUUAGUUGUUGUUAGCGAUACCAGUUGUAAACAUCGCAUAACACAGUAUUUUACCCAACACCAUAGCACUCACAGUUAGACGCUGGGCAGUACAACAUAUACCACUUAUUUAAUUUCACAAAAACAAAACAGAAGUGCUAAUAAAUAAAACAUUACAAGAGCUUAAGUUACUGUCGAUGCACUGCGCUGCCAUUCUGGAUUAUGACACUGUUGUCAAGUAGAUGUUGGCAAGGAACGUCCGAAUUUCCGAGUCAGAAAUCUGACUUCAGGGGGUGUUCCAAAUAAAUUUCCGACUCAGAGCUUGAAAAUUACUACUUCCAAGUACAACUGGAACGCGGCAUAAGUGUCCAGCUGCCAUUAUGUUUUUUUUUUGUUUGUUCACUACUUGGCCUUCCUCUACCCAAAUUUACCGUGUUUGACUAACAGCAGUUUGACUCAGUUCAGUUUGAGUUAGAUUAACGUUUUAACGUGUAAUUUUAAAGUUGUUUAAGUCUAGCUAACAUGGUAAUUUGAUUAUUUUACAUGAUUCAAACGCAGUAUUUAGUGUGUGGAGUGUUAAAGGAAUCUUUUAGUGAUCAUGUCCAAAAGUUUAUUAUGUUUCGGUUUUCUUUAUUCAUUUCAUAUUAUGUCUAAGAGGCCCAGAGUGAUGAAUGACUUGUUUUCACUGAGUCUAACAAAUAUGGGCGUGAGCUCCUUUCUUGUUUUCUCGUUUUUUAUUGGCCCUGAGCUCAUCCAGACUCCCAUUCGCUGUUUUUGAGAAGAGGAGGUGCGAAAAAGACGCAAAUGGUCUCAAUCAGGCCCCAAAAUGAACUGUUUUCCCAGAGCGCUGCUAGCGUGUUUAGAGCCAAGAUGGCGGGCUGGCUUUACAGUUGCAGUGUUCGCAGCUUCGGUGGGCGGAGCCGCUGCGGAGCUCCGAGUCACAUGACCCGCGCAGAGCCAGGCUGACCAAUUCCAAUAUGGUGGCCAGCUUGGCAGGUCUACGGUUCCUGUUGAUGAUAUUGUUGUUCUGCGGGAUCAGGUACGGCGCCUGCAGCCAGGAAGCCCCGCUGGUUCUGGGGCUCAGACUGGAAGACCCGGUGGGUCUGGUGUGCAUGAAGGAUCGGAUCAUCUCUGCGCCUGAAGGAGCCACGUUCAAGCUCCGUCUCUUCGGGACUGAUCUGAAUGAAAGCUGGCCGUGGGUGGCGUUCGCAGCAGGGGCAGCUGGCGGAGCAGCCGGGGCGGUCGGGGAUGCGCCUGACCCCUGCAAGAAGGAGUCCAACCGUCAGGAGUCCGCUUUCCAGGUGACGGGGGAGUUCACCCCGGAUGAAGACUACAGCGGGCUGAUAACGGUGCAGGUCCGGCAGAAGAGCAUCCCUGCGGGGGCAGCAGGCGGCGAGCAGACCUACCACCACCUGUGCGUGCGGAGCGGAGGGAUAUGGGUCUCUGCGGGGCCGGACAGGCUGCGGGUAAGCACCGAGAAGAGUGUUCCCGCAGACCACAUCCCGCCAUGGGGUCUGGCCGUGCUGAUCGUGCUGCUGCUGGUGGUCUGCGCGGUGCUGAGGACGGUGAACCUCAGCCUGCUGUGGCUGGACCCCGUGGAGCUGUACGUCCUGCACAGCUGCGGGUCCGAGGAGGAGAAGAGAGCCGCCAAGCGCCUGGAGCCCAUCAGGAGGAGGGGGAACUUCAUGGUAAGCUCCUGAAAACCAUUAAAUAGUCAAUCAAACAGUCAAUCAAUCAAACUUUAUUUAUAAAGCGCCUUUCCUACAGGAAGAGUAACUCAAAGUGCUUUCUACGGUGGCCGAGAACUGUCACUACUGCAAAUAAAAAAGAAUACUAAAAAUAUCACAAUAAUCAGUGUUAUAAUAUUCAGAAUUAAUACUACUUUUAUGCAAUCAAGUAUAUCUAGUCUAAAACCACAUUUUUUGUUAUUUUACUUAUAUGAAUCUUUUCAUACUUCUCUAUAGUUUUUAUGUCAUUGGACAUUUUUAAAGUGACAUCCAGGCUGUUCCAGAGUUUAACACCACAAACCUCUGCUCAUAAGGUUCAUAAGGUAAAAUAAUUUCUGAAAGGUAAGAAGUUCCAAGACCAUGAAGACAUUUAAAAACAACUAAAAGAAUCUUAGCGAUUGACAAAUUCAAUGUCUUUCACUCUUGCUUGUUUGUCCAUAAGUUCAUCAACAGGAAAACAAACCUUCCUGACUCCUCCUGAAACUUUUUUACCUUCUCAUUUAACCUUCACCCGUACUCAACAUGACAAAAUGGCCAUCUUCAGUUACCUUUCUGUGGAACUUCUUAUCAUCAGUCUAAUAUCACUUUUUGAGGACCAAAACUAUGGAAUGAUCUGAAUGUAUCUCUAUAAUCAGUAUUACCCUUCAAAUCUUAUAAAAUAUCAUUAAAAUCUCAUCUAAUCAUGUCUGAAACACGUUAUUAUCUGUUAUGAUCAUGUUUCUUUCCUUUUUAUGUAUACUUAUAUUGUCUCAGUCUCUGGUUGAUGAUUAGUCUAUGUUCUAUUUAUGACAAUUUGUAUAUGUUUUGACCUUUCCCUACCCAUUGUAUAUUUAUGACCUGUCUAUGUCCUAAUUACUUUGUCAUUCGCACCCUAUGCCUUCACUGCCCUGACGGGAGUGGAACUCUGUAGCCUAUCAGCUUUGUUCCCUCCUUGCACUGUUUUUAAUCUGUGCUAUAAAUAAAUAAAUAGAAAUAAAAAAGAAGCUUAAAAUCGAUCCUAAAACACACGGCGAGCCAAUGCAAUGAUUCUAAAACCGGUGUGAUGUGGGCCCACCUCCUGGUCUUAGCCAGGACACGUGCUGCUGAGUUUUGUAAUAAUUGUAAACCUGAAAUAUUAUUUUUGGGAAGACCAGAAAGCAUGGCGUCACAAUAGUCUAUACGGCUGGUGAUAAAAGCAUGCAUUAGCAUCUUCGUGUUGUAAGUAGUCACCAUGUUAUCCUUUUUUUAACCCCUAAUCUCCAUCCUAGACCUGCUCUCUGCUGUUCCUCUGCGUUUUGGGACACUCUGUCCUCGGGGUCCUCCUGUACCGGGCUCUGGGCUCCAUCCUCUCCGCUGUGUUCACCAGCGGCUUCCUCAUCUUCUUCGUGGCUGAGCUGGCUCCCCACAUCCUGUGCUCCGGGUACGGGUUCCAGCUGGCCCCGGGUCUGACCUGGCUGGCCCAGGUUUGCAUGGUCCUCACCUGCCCCCUGUCCUGCCCUCUGGGGCUGAUUCUGGACCUGGGGCUGAGGAGAGACAUCAGCACCUGUGGGAUCAGGGAGAGGGCGAUGGAGAUGAUCCGCACGAGUGUCAAUGACCCUUACAGGUAACAAAAAAACACACACACACACUGGUCCUUUAACCCUCAGAACUCCCAGCUAUAUUUUGCUAUUUUUGGUCCGCCUUUUUUAUUUUUUAUUUUUUUGUAAAAAUCUGUGUAGCACCACUAUCCUUUUAAGCACAGCAAAUAUAAACACAUCUUUUUUUUCAGGACAACCUCAGCUGUCAGUUUAUGGGUGCAAGAAAUAUGUAAAAUGAACGUGACAAUAGAUUCAGAACCAUCAAAGUCAAAACAGAAAUUGAUACCAACAGUACUUUUAAAAAAGUACAAAAAAACCAUAAAUCUACAGUGAACAAGCCUUUUCUCACCUGCACAUUAUUCUCUCAAGUCUUAGCUAUCAGGAGAAGAAAUAUUGGUAUUGGAACAAACACACAACAGAAACUAUUUACAUAUUUACACUAAUUCUUCCAGGCGUUUUUUUUAUUAUUUACAGUUGUUUAUGCCACUCCUUGAAGCAGUUCCUGUCUGGGAUGAGACAGAGGGCCACUUCAUACUGCUCAUAAUCUCUUCUUUGCUUGUUUCCAAACAUUUAGGACCAUUAUUUCUUAUUUUGCAGACAAGCAGGGAACUUUCUUGUCUCUUGUUGAUCUUUGGUUGCCUCUUAUUGGACACUACCAUCAAGGGAACAAUAGAAGAAGAAUAUGAGACCAUGUAAUUGGUCGAAGUUUGACAGAAAAAGACGUCAUCAAAACUGCUUGUCAAACCUGGAAGACAUUAGUGGCAUUUAGCGAUAGCGAUCUUCUUUUAUCACAACAAUAUGAUAAAUAAUCAUGUUUUCACUUGUAUAUCACUGCGGAUUUACCAUCAAACGUCACACAGUAUAGUUCCCUAAUGGUGUCACGUGGGAUUGCCGGCAAUCCAGUGGAGUUAUAAGUGUUAAUGUGUCAUCGUCUGAGUCUGACCUUAAAUUUUGUGCCCAGUGAGUUUGUGAAGGAGGAGUUCAGCCGAGGGACGCUGCGCACUAAGACGGUGGAGGACAUCCUGACUCCCCUGAAGGACUGCUUCAUGCUGCCCAGCUCAGCCGUCCUGGACUUCUCCACCAUGUCUGAGAUCAUGCAGAGUGGAUACACACGGGUGCCCAUAUAUGAGGAAGAGAGGUGAGAACUUUGUAAACGAGCGUAUUGUAGCGUCCUGCUCCUCUGAUAAAUGUUCUUUAACUUCUGUCGGAUCAUCACCGUGUAUUUUACUCUGUAGAUCAAACAUCGUGGAGAUUCUAUAUGUGAAGGACUUGGCCCUCGUAGACCCAGAGGACUGCACCCCCAUGACGACCAUCACCAAAUUCUACAACCACCCGCUGCACUUCGUCUUCAAUGACACCAAACUGGACGCCAUGCUGGAGGAGUUCAAGAAAGGUGCGCUCACACUUAAAGACAACUUACGGUUUCUGCUUGGCGGUUUCUUUACUGUACCAAAUGGUCUCAUCUGUGAGUAGCAUCACUCACUGAUAGUUAAUUUCAGUCUGUUCUAUAACCUAUUAAAAACUCCUCACAGGAGCUUUAAGAUGAACUGGCCCUUUAAUGAAAAGUUAAGGGCCUGUGUCCACCAACAGCAUUUUAUUUGCUGGCAGUGCCCACAACCUAAAUUUCAGAGCGCUCCCUGACUUCACCUACUGUUGGAAGAUAAUGAAAGUUACUUAGCACUUUUAUUUUGGUCAGUAUUGACUGUUAAACCUGUUAAAAAAUCAUUUGUUUGCUUUAUUAGAAGAAUUGUUGAAUUCCUCGCAAAGAUUUAAAAAGAAUAGAAAUCAUGUUGUGGCGUUAGAAGCUGCUCUAGACCUGGAAAUUAUACAGUUGUAAAAAUAAGAAUAAGAAGAACUUUAUUGAUCCCCGGAGGAAAAUUCAAUAAAUAAUUAUAAUAAAUAAUAUAAUAAUAUAUAAAAUAAAAUAAAAAUAAUAAAAUAUAAAAUAAAAUCAAUAUAAUAAAAUAAAAUAAAGAAUAAAAAAAUUAAAAAUCAGCUUUGGUCGGUUUUACUCAAAAACAAACCUCCCCCAUUGUUGUUGACCUUGUUGCUAUCAGAAGCUCCACCCCUUCUUUAUUUUUAUUGGUCAGUGAGGAAUACGCAAACACACCCCUACUUUAAAAGGUACUGAAAACAGGUCGUUUUUAAAACAUGCUGUUAGUGGACACAAGCCCUAACUCUAUGAGUAAAAAAAAACUUUAAAAAGAGUCUUUUCCUAUGAUUUGACCUUUUGAUCUUUUCAGGUAACUCUCACAUGGCGAUCGUUCAGAAAGUGAACAAUGAGGGGGAGGGGGAUCCGUUUUAUGAGGUGCUGGGAUUGGUCACCUUGGAGGACGUCAUUGAGGAGAUCAUCAAAUCAGAGAUCCUGGAUGAGUCUGACGGCUACUGUAAGUACCCAACGUGUUUUUAUGAUUUGAUGUCAUUAAUUCCUCCUUCUUCACCUCCUCCUCAUCCUCCUCCUGCAGUGGACAGGAAAGUGAAGCGUCCUCUUCCCCCGCUGGAGAUCCCUCUGGAGCCUCGCAGCGUCCACGAAGAGUUUUCUCUCUUCAAGCCUCCCGAAGGAGAACCUAAAAUCCAGACGUCACCACAGCUCCUGCUGGCUACACACCGCUUCCUCUCCAGAGGUGUGUGUGUUAGUGUGUGUGUGCUGUGUGAAUCUUUACCUGCAUGAGUGUGUGUUUGUGGUUGAACAUGAACGUCCCAUUAGUCACACUUUAACUCCUUGUGUCCUCAUCCUGUUUACUCGUAAAGGUAAUGUAAAGUGAAAAGGAGGUAAUGGAAAUUAGACCAUCUAAAGGCUGACGUUCCUUGUACUCUGUGUCUCCAACCUUUUACCCCCUGCAGAAGUGGAGCACUUCAGCCCUGCACGUGUUUCAGAGAAGGUCCUGUUCCACCUGCUCCGUCACCCCAGUGUCAACCAGGAGGUGCACUUUGACCCCAACAACCGUCUGAGCGCAGGUCACUACCUGUACACCAGAAACCACCCGGUGGACUAUUUCAUUCUGCUGCUGCAGGUUUGUGGUCCUCCUCACACACCUCUGCAGACCACAGGAUGUUAAGUAGAUCUAGUUUGUGAACUUGAAAUCAGCUGGAGCUUUGUUUACGACCAAUUAGUCUCCAUUAAUUACUCAAAAACGUAUUUAUUCUCACCUCCUGUUUGUGUCCUCAGGGCCGUGUGGAGGUGGAGAUCGGCAAAGAGGGGCUGAAGUUUGAAAACGGGGCGUUCACAUACUACGGAGUGUCUGCUCUGACUCUGCCAUCCUCAGGUGAGAAGUAGGAACUGCAAACAAAGUCAACAAGAGUCAAGCGUCAUCUUUUAUUCUGUCUCUUUAACCCAUUAAGACCUGAACCCGGUCUGAGACACACCUCUGAAAUCCUGAGGGCGACUUUGAGAAGGGCCCCCAGAUCCUGAGGUUUUCUGGAGUGUUUAGGUUUACAAAAAAGCUGAUAUCUCGGCCUCUGUAGCAGAUAGAAACAAAAUUCAAAAAGACAGUCAAAGUCAUGCGACACUCACAAAAAUCGCUGAUAGUGUGAGCCAGAGGUCCCAAUAUGAAGAGGUUGUUCACACUGCUUACAGUCAUAGACUGGAGGUCCACCAGCUCUCUUGAUUUCAGGGUGAAGUUGACCAAAAACAUUCCUCUCAUCCACAAACCCUGAUCUUGUGGCCCAGAAGAUUCAAAUAGAGGUCGUCAACGUCAUCAUUUCUGUCAAUAUCCCUACCUUCGCUAAUGGAUGCAUCUCCUCUGAAGCUGCUCUCUGCCUCCGUCAUUGUUUACUUUACUCACGAAACACGUUGCAAGAUACAAGCACGAAUCUGAUCACUUUAUUAGGCUUUAUUAGCCUGUCAGAGACAGACGGGUAUGAUGAUUUGAUUCGCAACGACUCCAGAAAUGAUUGAAAAACGACAGAAUGUUACAUUAUGGCAUAUCCGCACUCUUGGCUUAGAAGGUUGAAAUGUGUUCAUGCUGUCCCGGUUUAAAUGGGUUAAAAUGAUGUUUUUCUUAAUAAAUGACGUUUACAGACACAUUUACAUGGCUGAGUCUGCAGUAGUGAAUGUAUUGUGCUGAUUCUGUGUAUGUGUGUGUGUGUGUGUGUGUGUGUGUGUGUGUGUGUGUGUGUGUGUUUACAGUGCACCAGUCUCCAGUGUCGACUCAGCGUCACUCUCCCAGGGAUCCCUUUGAGGCAGCAGAAGCUACGAGCCCGUCCAGCUACUGUCCCGACUACACCGUCCGAGCGCUCACCGACCUGCAGCUCAUACGAGUGCGUUUGUGUGUCUUUAGAGUUCGAACCCCAGAGUGUUACAAACAAACAUAGCUGGCUUUAUUCAUAUCUGCUGUACCUACAGGUGAUAUUUAAACAUGGAGGAUUUUCUUCAUCAGCUAAUUUCUGAGUCAUUUAGAGAAAACUUGAAUAACUGAUGAGUCUAAACCUGAGAUGUUGAGCCUCAUACUGUGUGUCCACUCGUGGAUUAGGAGCCCAAAGAGACAGAACUUCAAACCUCGAUUUGAUUUAAUAUUAAAGGUGGGGUAGUCAGGACCUGGGGAAGUUCCAGUUUUAGGGAGAAAUCUUGAAUGUAAACUCUACCCCUCCCAACCAGUUUUCCCCUCAGCUCCUCCUCUCCUCUCCCUCUGCUCCAGCAAGCCCCGCCCACAAACAGACGCUCCUGCUCGCUCAUAUCAUUCCAAUUAAGCUCAGAUAUAAUGCAGAUAAAUACUUCAGAUAAUUACAAAUGGGACCCAGUCAAGGUUGUAGUAAAAAGCAUUGGUGCUACUGUAGAUGCCAACAGACUACCAGCAAACACAAUGUUUGCAGGACUUCUACAACUACGAUAAAGUGACAUAGUCCAGGACCCGAAGUCAACAGUUUAGCGGAGCUACAACAUGCAGCAGGUCCCGUUUGACAAGAAACACUUCAGUUACAGACUCUUGGCUUACUUUGUUAAAGUGGUUUACCUGUCCAGCAGAAAGGUUAAAGGUCACCAAGAUCCCGAAGUGUCCCCCAUCAUUUAUGUUGACCCGGCUUUUUAGCUCUUGUCCGGUCUACCUCAGUUCUAAGCAUCCGUUAUUCCUCCAGAGUCUCCUGUAUUUACUUUGUUUUCUUGCUUGUGUUUGCAGUCGUGGCCAAAGGAGGAUUCAGACAAUUUUCAGUACUUUCUGGUUGGUUUGUAAUGUCCAAUAUUGUAGCACGCUAACUUUGUUUGGCUCCUGAACGACACGGGGGAGCAGCGUCUGCCUCACAACCAAUCAGGUUGGGGAAGUGGAGAAUGGCUUUGUUUACAGUCAGAAAGAGCGGGCCGCUCAAAAAAAUUGAAAUUUUGACUACACAGACAUAACAAAACACAGCGAUAUCAUUUUAUCCCCAAAUGCCAUCAAUAACUAAUAGCUAUUGACUGAUAUUAAAAGCUUUUUUGUAUAUACAUCACAAAAAAGAUGCUUCUUUAACAGGUCUCUGCCUACCCCACCUUUAAAUUUUGAACUUCGAUUUUUAAAGUGCCGAAUCAUCUCUAAGAGGGAUGCUACAGCUAACCCGAUCAGUCUGUCCCUUUGCUUUUCAGACACACACCUCCUCUCUCCUCACCUGACUCUAUUUAUGUGGUCUUUGUUUUCCAGGUGACCCGUCUCCAGUAUUUAAACGCCCUGAUGGCGUCCAGGGUGGGUCAGAGUCCAGAUCCUCCUGAGAUUAAGAUCCUCCCCAACAGUCAGACCAAGCUGCUCAAUGACAGAAACACCACACAAGGUAGCUUUGCUCAAAUCGCUGUCUGACCUCCCGGUUCUCUGUCUGUCUGCCUGCCGGAUCUCAGAACUAACUUUUCUUUUCCAAACUAAAAAAACACUCGUCAGUAUUUUUCUGAAUGUUCUUCAUGUUUGCCUUGAGCUAAACUAAAAUAACACUCUCUUUCUCUCUUUUCUUUUCCUUCCUCGCGUGCCUCCACGUCUUCUCUGGCCCGUCCAGAGUUCCCUGUAAACUUUUCAUUCUUUGAUACCAUUGAGAACUACUGUUAGUACUUUUUUUGCAUGAGGUAAAUGAAAUGCAGCCUGUCUGUGGCAUGACAGUGGCAGACACAGACGCAACACACACACUGAGGACAAAGACGAUUAACUGAACAGACACACACACACACACACACACACACACACACACACACACACACACACACACACACACACACACACACACACACUGACCCUGAAAUACUGUCCUCCCCCCUAAACAUGUCACAGGACUGUUUUUACCUUUCCCUUGUGAAUCACAGACUCCCUCUGGGUGGACUUGAUUUCCUCAGACAUAUUACCGUGCGUGUGUGUGUGUUUGUGUGAAUAGAUGUGUUUGUUCAUGAGGCUUUUGUAUCCUCUUUCUCAUCAUUUUAACCCUCACUGAUCCAAUCCAUCCCAAACAUCUUCUUCCACAACCUCACGUCAAACAAGUUAAAGUCAGGUUAUCUGUUCACGCUCAAAACGACUCCAAACGUGUCCUCAGGCGUCUGUGAUAGAAGAUCUGGAGGAAGAAGAGGCUGAGACAUCGCCUGAGGGGGGAGAAUAGGUGCCUACAGGUGUUUUAAUAGGGGAAUAAAGCGAUUAAACUGCAGCUUAUCAACUAACCGGAGCAGCAACAGUGAACAAAAACAACAACAAGCCGGCAAAAACAGUUCAAAACGGUAAAAAGACACAAUUUCUAACAUAAGCUGUGCUCUUUCUUUGAGCCAUAACUCAGUGACUUAAACGACUUUAAUGUAUAUUUUUAGAUUGUGUGACUUUAAAAUCAAUGAUAUCUUUUUUUUUUUCUUUUGAAAAAGUAGCCAUUGUGAAUAAAACGUCUGUAAAUACGCUUAAAAAGACUAACAACAAACACAAACUUUAGAUCAGAGUUACACUAACCGCAUACCUAUAACAAAGAAACGAGAUUGCACCGACUCACAAUAACAAGUAUUAUCCCAAAACUCUCAUCAAAGAGAAGCCGGUCUGGAUCAGACUCUACCCUAAACCACUUUACAGCAGAGAGGAAGAACUUCAUUUACCAGGCAGAAACCUCGAGCAGAACCAGAGUGAUGUUGGACCGUCACCUGCUGAGACUGAGCUGAGGUUUAGAGAGGAGAGAGAGGGAGGUGAAGCAGCAGGACCUGAACGUCUGCAGCAGAUCCGCUCAGGGACUCCCAACAUGAAUCAUAUCAGGCAGAGAAAAUCAGUCAUUACACGGGGGAGUCAAAGGGAGACACUCAGUGCGUUUACAUGCACUUCAGUUGUCCGGUCUUAUUCGGAAUAAGGCAAUAAUUCAUUUUUCUUGAGUUUCAUGUAAACGUACUGAGUGUGUGUUUUUAGGAGGUCCAAUAGACUAAAAUUUACAGCAUGACCUAUGGCAGCAAAAUCAAAACUAUCUGCAACCGGACCGGACCUUUUUUGUCGUGUCAGUUUUGGUGCAGAUGAUUGACAGUUCCCUUUAAAAAGGUCUUUUAACAGCUUAUUUGAUUCUUAACUGACAGCAAGAAAACGUUAUUUCUGUGUUCAGGACAAUGUCAACAAAGACAGAGGAGAUAUCUCUUUGACCACAAGGGGGCGCAGGCUGACCCCCAAUUUCCACUACAUCUGGAAUGGCUACAAAAAGGCUGUAUUCACCGAUCGCAGCUGAUCGUAACCAUUCAAGUUAACAUGUCAAUUUCCACCGGCUUCUUUCCGUUCCACUAUGGGUUGACGGACUCUGCAGCUGAUCGCAAGAGUUCUAUUUUUUCCGGACGCCGGAGCAUGCUGGAUAAAUUCAGCACAGACUAACCCAUGCUGGAAAGGAAGUCAAGCACAGACACAAAAUAAAACAUCCGACUUCUUUUCAAAACAAAACACCCUGUGUUUCAGGUGGAUCGUAUUUCACACCAUGCAAACAGGCGGAGACGAACAAGUGAAAGGUUUUUAGACGUCAUUUCACCCCGAUGACACCAUGGAUGAGGAGAUACUGAUUUUAGAAGUCUAGAAGUAGAUAUCCUCCUCUGGAAGGACACAAUCUACUGCUUAUAUGGUUAGCCUAUGUGGCUAGAGACAACUUGAUAUUGCACGAUUCCACGUGAAUCCGCAGGUUCUUGCGAGUUCUCGCGAUUACCGCUGUCUGUAAUCCGCCAAAAAAUUCGCCUCACAAACGUAUCCGGUAGGAAUUGGCAGGGGGCUGAGAGUCUCUGACAGGAGCUUUAAACUUACUAAUAUAAACUUAAAAACCAUUGUGAAUAAUGAGAAAUAGAGACGAUUGAGAAUGGAUCUAAUAAGGCAACAGAUGGACGUCAGUAUUCACUGUAAAAUGUAAAUAAACGACCAAAAUUACACCGAGAUCUGAGAGAAAAGAGAUCUGUUUCUUAACACAGCUUUUUAAAUACUUACAGAAAUGUGAAUUUUGAUUUAGUGUCACAGGAUCCUUUUUUCUUGUCUUCAUCACCGUGAAAAUAAUCGAGGAAGUCACCAUAAGAACCUGAAGUCUGAAAACGACAUCCUUCAUAUUUAAACAGACUGAUAUUAAAGAUCCUGUCACAAAAUCAUUAGCAAUAAAUAAGAUCGUUAAACACCCAAAGUUGAAAACAGAAAUCAAAAUAAAAAAGUGCAAACACAUGGGCUAUUACAAAUAUUAGUGAUUUUAUAUAUCAGUUGAAUAAAAAGCACAUUUAAGAAAAAGAAACAGUUGGAGAAGUUUCACCUUUUCUCCCUCGGGUUUAUCCAACCUCUUGUAGUUCUGUAGGGAUUAAUCAUUUUCACAUCAGGUGUAAAUAUUAUUCAAGAUUAAAAACACGUUUUUCUCACAGGGUAACUUUCCUGUAAGUUUUAAUUUUCUAUGGUUUUUUCUCUCUGCUGAUUUCUUCAAAUCGAACAAAUCUUCAGUUUUCCUUCUUGACUCUCUCAGUCUCUCUCUUUCUUGCGUCAUCCUCCCUCUCUUCCUUAUUAACCCUCCCUUACAUUAACACCAGGUGUGUGUGUGUGUAUGAGUGUGUGGUUCCCUUUUGUGCAUCCCUCACUCACCUCAGCUCUCCUCUCAUUGGUCGGGUCCCACAGGUGGCAGUAAAGCCCAGGAGAGCUCCACAGAAGAAGAGGCUCAUGGGUAGUGUGGUUCUGUCCGCCCAGUUUGCUCCAUUUCAGUAGAGGUUUUCUUUCCUUUGUUAUCGCUGAAUCAUCUAUGGCUGGAACGUAGUUUUUGGACAAAACUGGAGUGAGAGUGAUUUUAUGUGUCUGUUUUUUAGAUCCCAUUCACACGUCUCGUCUCCAUCCUCAUUCCUUUUCGUUCAAAUUAUUCUUUUACCUGCUUUCUUACACUCUGGAUUCUAUCUGUAUAUAAAUAUUAUAUUAUGAACGAUGCAUUUUAUUGGACUCAGUGAUCCUUUCUUCCAGGUUUCGCCUUUUUGUUUUUGUCAUUCCUCAUUUUUGCUUCUCUGGGUGCCAAAGCUGAAAGUGUGUUUCUGUAAGUGUGUGUCUGCGUCGGUGUGUUUUAAAGUAUUUGUCCACUUGAGACACUAAAAACACAAAACUUGGCCAAAAGUUGACAUUUGUGCACUUUGAGUGUCAGUGUUAUGAAGCUAUUACAAAAGCCCUAAAGUAAGUCUGUAUUUAACUCACAGUUUGCUCCUGUGAAGCCAAAAAGUGUCAUUUUCAAAAGUCACCCAUUAAAAGCAGAAGGUUAAAAAGCAUGAAACUUCUUAAAAGAUUUUAAAAAGUAGCCCAAAAUUUAAGAAAAGUGUUUGUUUUUUCAUUCAUAAGAUUGUAAGUUACCGAAUGCUAAAAACACGCCUCACAUUAAAAAAGAAGAAAUCACCAAUAAAACUUUUGAUACAGGGCCCCAUCUACAACUUUUACCUAGUACACAUUAUCUAAUGGGCUCGAUGCACAGCUCCACUACUUCCUGAACUUAAAGCAGCUCCUUUAUUUCCUGUUUUACAGUAUUGAACAAACUGACGGAAAACUACAAAAACGCCGGAAAUGCUGCCUCUUGUGUAAUUUGUAAAAUAAAGUUAGUUUACGAAAUUCCAAAUAACACGUAAAUUAGGGAAUUUGACACCUAUCUUGAUUUUUUUUUUCACUGUAAAAAAAUUUUUUCUUUCAGUUCUGCAACUUUUUUUUUUAAAUUCCAAAAGUAUUUUGAUUUAAGAAACUAGGGCAAGAAGUUUUUCAAAUAACUACGCCAAAAAAAAAAAAAAAACAGAAAACCAAGAGAGCUUUGGUCCGUUUUUUCGUGAUGCUCUGCGAUAUUCGUAGGUUGAGGUUGACCAAUUGCAAUCUACUACGAUAAAACAUACCCUAGUAACCGGAGGAGUUUUAAAUUUAGCUUUUUGUCCAAUAGCACUAAAAAGUUUUUUUCACUUUCCAACUUAUAAGUUUGUAAAAGAAGAACCAUGACAGACGAUUUUGAUUUUAGUCAUUUUUAAAUGGUGAAAACGUGACAGUAAAAUCCUGCCUUAUGCUGGAAACACAAACUUAACGUAACUUUAAAGGUCCUUACACACCGGGGCCAACGUGAAUAUAGAACACAAAAUUACGAAAUAUUUGGAGGUGAAUUUUGACGGCCCUGACUAUACACAUCAAGCCCGAUGCGAUUUUGCAACUUUUGGGUGGGGUAAGAUGCAUCUCGGGGAAACUUUCCCCGGGGAAAGUCCCGCCUCCUUCGCCUCUGAUUGGCUAGAAAAGCUGGAAACCUCAUCACACACUCAGCAACGGUGAGCAUUUAUAGCCAAUCAGAGGCAUUAAGAUGAGCACAUGAAACUAUGGUAACAACCAUCAGCUUACGUUAGCACAGAUGAAAGUUAAAACAAAAGCGUUUAGCAAACUGUUAAAGCACACAAAACAUUGUCAUAUUGUAAUAUUUGUGUCUUUUAUCAUAAAACACUCUGUUCUCAGACACAUAAACAAUCAGCUGGUGGGCCAUGUAUGAUAUACCAGUGAAUCAGACAUCACAACAGCACGCAAUCUGAUUGGUCAGAAGUGGACACACAGUAUGCAAAACUUUAGAAAAAUCGACCAUGAUCCGAAAAAAUAAAUGCUGCAAUAUUGCAGGACGGGAAAACGUUGGUGAUAUGAACACUUAUAUUGACAAGGUAUGGUUCCAAAAAAAAUAUUGACAUCUAAAAUAAUCGCAUGACAAAAACGGUCCCGGUGUGAAAGGACCUUAACACGUCAGAGAUGGAAACAGUCCGACAGAUUCUUUGGUCACUGUAAAUAAUAAAGUGAGUCUUGAUGUUUUGGGUCAUUCCUCCUCUUAUUUGAUGGUAAUCCGUGACGCACAGACGGCUGUGAUGUGAAGACAGAGCAAUAACUCCUGGGCGCUGUAUGAACACGAACAUUAAUCCAGGUGUGACUGCUUAGACACUCCUGUAUGAAUCAGUUUGUCUAAUAAUGUAAGACAGGAAAUAAAGAAGCUGCCUUAAGUUCAGGAAGUCUUGGAUCGGUGCAUCAAGUUAAUUCUGUCCCUCGGGGAUAAACGAAGUAUUCUGAUCCUGAUUUCGUGUCUCCUGAAUUUGCUUUUCUUUAUUGUUGCGAUCAAAUGUCACUGGAGAAUCUCCGUAGACAUGUACUGUUAAAAAUACUUAAAAUAUACAAAAACCACAACAGCCAAGUCAAAGUAAAGUAAUGGACAGUAAGGGUCAAGUAUUUUUGAAAAUAAACCCGUUUUUCUGUUUGUAUUUUUGCUCAAAUGCCUGAAAAAUGUCUGAAUUUUAUUCUUUUCUUUUCUGGCAUUUUUGAUCAACCUCUUAUCAACACAGUGUCAAAUAACAGAGAGAGGUAUUGAUUGCUGAUUUUUGACUUCUCUCAAAGUAAAGUAUUCAAUCAAGGAUGUGUUUGGUAAUCGUACCAAACUUUGAUUUUUUUUUUUAUCAGUUUUGUGAUUUUUUUUUUUUUUGGCAAACACGGACGUAGAUUCUCUUUUUCCAGCUUUAGGUCACUUCAGUUGAAGACUAUUUAGGCUAUUAUUCUCUUAAUUUGUCAAAACAAGAAAAUAUAUAAAGAAAAUCUUUAGUUUAAUGAUGUAAUGAAGAGUUUAAUUAUCGUUAUUAAUUCAGAAUAUGAGCUGAGAGAUCUGCUGUACUUGCAGCUUUAGGCCACGUUUGUUGUUGGGAUGCUUGAAGGAAACAGUGGACAGCACUGAUGCUUUUAAGAAAUCCUACAAAAUCACUAAACACAUAAAUAAACAACCUUUUUGGCAAAUCUUGUGAUGUAUAUUUUCACAAAAAGAAACCCCAGGUCUCUGCAGCUGUUGUCCAGCAGAGGGCGCUGUGAAUCUGUCACCUGCACUGUAAUUUCCAACCCUAGAGCUGGAAAUUAGAAAAAAUCUGUAUAUCUGUUCCGAUUUAAAAACCUUUAAAGCACCUUUUGGCGCCCCCUGUCUUUGCUUCCACAUCCCUGAGCUCCGUCAACAUUCCUGUUUGUGUCUGAGCGUGUGUGAACUCAGUAUCUCAGUCUGAUGUGACGGCGAUCAAGCAUCCAGCUUUCACCUGAACUCCAUUAUUCCCGUCUCUCCACGCCUUUGCAUUCAAAAUAUUUGUCCUACAUUGUGUCAUGUAAGCCGACAUGUGAAACUGGUCACGUCCGCUCUCUAAAUCACCCUCCUGUUUUCCUGUUUUUGAUGUUUUAAUGAUAAAGAGGAGAACUCUGAGGCUGACUCUCUACAGGGAACUUUGAUGUUUGAAUGCAGCACUCAGAGAGUUAUCGCUCGUCUUGAACACAGAAAUUCAUGUAGGACUUCCUGUGACGUUGUCUGACAUUUAAUAUGGAAAUUGUGGGUUUGAUCAUCAGAUGAUGUCAAGAUUAACUUCCAGUGUGACUUCAGGAAAAUGUCAGAUCUUUAGUUUUAAGGUUACACUUUUAUAGAGUUGGAAAUUCCCAGACUUAUUAGAUUAUUCCUCCUCAUCAAACUGUUUUUACCACAUCUCUACACCCUGUUUUUGAAAUUCUGAAAUAGUUAAACAAAAAUCUGAAGGAGAUUUUCAGAGGUCCCAAAAAAUAUAAAACACUGAAUCUUUUUCGUGUAGGGUUGAGUUUAACUAAUGUUAAUAAAGAAAUAAUGCAAUUAAACUUGCCUGUAGGACAAAUUUGAUGUAUAUUCACUGCACCAUUGUUUGACUAUUUUAAAAGUUGGAUAUUUCGCCAUUUGUGGAAGUUCGUAAACAAGCGAGAAAGUCAUGUCACAUUCUGAUUAUUCUUCUCCAUCAUACUAUUUUUCCCACAACUCUGCACCCUCUUCUUACCAUCAGUAUUGACAUAUUUUAACAAAUAUUUAAAACCUUUUGUCUCAUUUGAAAAAAAAUUGACAGAAGAUUUUAAACACGAUGGAAAUAUUUGUAGAUUAGUUCAACCAAAGGUCAAAUAAAUUCUACUUUGUUUGAAAAACAACAAAAAUAUUGCAAAUUUUGCGGCUUGUGUAAUUUGGAAUUUGUAAAAUAGUUAUUUUUUUGAAAUUCCAAAUAACACGUGAAUCAGGGAAUUUGAGAUUUAUGUCGGACGAUUUUCUUUCACUGUAAAACAAUUUUUCUUUCAGCUCUGCAACUUUUUUUUUUAAAUUCCAAAAGUAUUUUUAUUCAAGAGACUGGAGGAUUAAGUUUUUUAAAUAACUAUGUCUAAAAAAUAAAAAAAACAAAGAGAGCUUUGGUCUGUUUUUCGUGAUGCUCUGCAAUAUUUGUAGGUAGAGUUUCACUUAUCGCAAUCUGCCGCGAUAACAAUCACCAGGAGUUUCUAUUUUUUCCUUUCUGUCAGACUGCACCAAAAAAGUUUUUUUUUUCACUUUCCAACUAAUAAGUUUGUAAAACAAGAACCAUGACAGACGACUUUGAUUUCAUACUUGUUUAAAAAGGUGAAAACGUGACAGUAAGAUCCUGCUUUAGGCUGGAAACACAAACUUAUCGUAACUUUAACACAUCAGAGAUGGAAACAGUCCUGCAGAUUCCUUGGUCACUUUAAAUAAAAAAGGGAGUCUUGAUGUUUUUGGUCAUUACCCCUCUGAUGGUAAUCCGUGACGCACAGACGGCUGUGAUGUAAAGACAGAGCAAUAACUCCUAAGCGCUGUAUGAACACAAACAAGUCCAAUCUCAAACAGCUUUUUGGUUGUUUAGGAGUUUAAACUUCAUCGGCAUCACUUCACUUUUAUUUUCUCUCUCUCUCUCUCUCUCUCUCUCUCUGUCUCUCUUUCUCUUGACCAUCUCUCCUGGAGAAAUCUUGGACUGUGUGAUUCUGAGUAAAUAUUUUCAACUGUGUACUUUUAGACUUUGUGUUGAUGUAAUAAGUUAAUUUCUAUGGUAUCUGGAGACUGAAUGUAAAAAGGUAAUCAUAACUUUGUGCUACUUUUACUGACUGAGAGUUACGGAGAACUGUGUAUUAAUAUAUAGAAUAUAAUUUUAGUUUUUAGGUCAUCGGCCUCAGUUUUCAGGUACAAAAACACUGUCGCUGUAAUGAAGGGUUGUUGUUGUCAAAAACAGAGUCCUCUUCCUGUCCCGGUUACAUUUGUCUGAACUUUUAGACUUUUUUGGACUUUCUUCAGGAAUGCUGCCAGUUUUGGGUGCAUUGAGACGCCAUUGCAUUUAACACUUUCAAUAAUACAGUUUCUUAGGAAAUAAACUCAAUCCUGUUUUAAAAGUG